UUAUUCAAAUCCCGCGUUAUUAUCACUAACGCAACCACAGAUCUGUGUCUCCCUCUCAAUCAAAGUGAAGAAAACAAUGGGUUCCCUUCCGCCACCACCGUCAGCACCGUCUAAGGAGGCCCGAAUCGACGAAACUACCCUCAAGAACCUCUUCAAAUCACAGCAGAGCCACCUCAACUUCUUCUUCCAGAACCUCUCGCUCCCCCAAACCCUAGCGUUCGCGCGCACCCUCCUCUCCGCCGCCGGUACCAUUUUCUUCUCCGGCGUUGGAAAGUCCGGCUUCGUCGCGCACAAGAUCUCCCAGACGCUCGUCUCCCUCGGCAUCCGCUCCGCCUUCCUCUCUCCCGUCGAUGCGCUCCACGGAGACAUCGGCGCCCUCACCCCCCGCGACGUCCUCGUUCUGCUCAGCAAGUCCGGCGCCACCGAAGAGCUCCUCCGCCUUGUGCCGUGCGCGAAGGCCAAGGGUGCGUACCUCGUGUCGGUGACCUCUGUGGAAGGCAACGCGCUGGCCGCCGCGUGUGAUAUGAACGUGCAUUUGCCGCUGGAGAGGGAGCUGUGCCCGUUCGAUCUGGCGCCGGUCACGUCGACGGCGAUCCAGAUGGUGUUCGGGGACACGGUGGCGAUCGCGCUCAUGGUGGCGAGGAAUUUGACCAGGGAUGAGUACGCGGCCAACCACCCUGCGGGUCGGAUCGGGAAGAGUCUCAUUUUCAAGGUAAAAGAUGUUAUGAAGAAGCAAGAUGAGCUUCCAGUUUGCCGGGAAGGAGAUCUGAUAAUGGAUCAGCUAGUGGAGCUGACAAGUAAAGGAUGUGGGUGCCUGCUUGUUAUAGAUGAAGAGUAUUACCUGAUUGGUACAUUUACUGAUGGUGAUCUUCGGCGCACACUCAAGGCUAGUGGAGAAGGCAUAUUUAAGCUCACAGUGGGAGAAAUGUGCUACAGGAAGCCGAGAACCAUUAGUCCGGAUGCAAUGGCAGUGGAGGCAAUGAAAAAGAUGGAAGCACCUCCAUCCCCUGUGCAAUUUUUGCCGGUCAUAGACCCUCAAAAUGUAUUGAUUGGCAUUGUCACAUUGCAUGGAUUAGUCUCCGCAGGGCUUUGAUUUGCAUAUGUGCUGUAUAUGUCUUCUGGGUUUUAAUUUGUGAUGAUUCUUUCUUCUCUUAAUUCUUUUCCCCCCUUAUGCAUGGGGUUCGCCUGUACUAUUAUUGUAGCACUGAAGAGAAUAUUAAGACUCUUAUCGACGGCCUUGAAUGGAAGCAAAUUCACCUUUUUUUUUA